GAGAGACCCAUUGGUUGAGAGGGGGAACACAGAGUGAGAAAGCGAUGAGGAUGGAGGCAGGGGAAAUGAAAGGAGGGAACAUAAAUUCACAACACUUUUGAUUUGUCAUGAAGCAGUUGUGGAACUUAAUACACAUCAGACUCAUGUCAGAGGAGAAGUCGUGGAUUUGCGGGGAUGUGCGGUAGGAAUUCCGUCUGCAUUUUACGCGAACAUUCGUGCCGAUGGGGUUUGAGGACAUGAACAUGAGGAACGGACGGGCUUUGUCCGAUCAGUGGGCCGACAGCGUGGUGGUCCGACCUCGGACUACCGAACAGCACAUCACGGUGCACAAGAGACUGGUGCUGGGCUUCGCCAUCUCCAUCCUCACCCUCAUCAUCGUCACGGUCAUCGCCAUCACGCUCAGCGUCAGCUUCGAGAGAUGCGCCGCGGAGAGCAGCGGGACUCUGGCCGGUAACGGCUCCAGUAACAAGUCCAGUCAGUCCCGGGACAGAAGCAUCAGUCAUAGAGAAUCAGAGGAUGGCCAGCAGCCCUGGAGACAUCUGCGCUUACCGGCCACCCUGCGCCCUCGCCACUACGACCUCAGACUGUCCGUGUACAUGGAUAAUUUCACGUUCUCCGGUGAAGUGAACAUUGAGUUUGAAUGCGUGAACUCCACUAAGUUCAUCGUGUUGCACACAGACAGACUGGAGGUGAAUAAAGUGCAGGUGUAUUCAGACAGUAAGAAAACAGGCGUCAUGAGGAUCCACCGACGCUUUUACCACCAACCCAACCAGGUGUAUGUGAUCGCGCUCCACAGAGAGAUGAAGCCCCUCAGAAUUUAUAAAAUCAACAUCACGUUUGAAGCGCAGAUUGAAAAUGAACUCUUGGGAUUUUUCCGCAGUUCAUACAUGCUGUAUGGAGAAAGAAGGUAUCUGGCUGUGACGCAGUUCUCUCCCACUCAAGCCAGAAAGGCCUUCCCGUGUUUCGACGAGCCCAUUUAUAAAGCCACAUUCAGAGUGAGUUUGAGACACGAGAGCUCGUAUCAGUCGCUGUCCAACAUGCCAGUGGAGGCGUCUACAUCUGAUGAGGACGCAUGGGUGACCAACCAUUUCUCCCGGACGCCCCGUAUGUCCACAUACUACCUGGCCUGGGCGGUGUGCAACUUCACCUACAGAGAAGCCGUAACAGAUAAUGGAGUCGUGAUUCGGCUGUACGCCAGACCUGACGCCAUCCAGAGCGGAUCGGGAGACUACGCUCUGCACAUCACCAAGAGACUCCUGCAGUUCUACCAGGAUUACUUCCAAGUCAAAUAUUCCCUCCCUAAACUAGAUUUGCUGGCAGUUCCCAAGCAUCCGUAUGCAGCCAUGGAGAACUGGGGUCUGAGUGUGUUUGUGGAGCAGAAGAUCUUGUUGGAUCCUGACGUCUCUUCCUUCUCCUAUCAGAUGGAGCUCACCAUGGUGGUGGUGCAUGAGAUCUGCCAUCAGUGGUUUGGAGAUCUAGUAACACCAGUUUGGUGGGAGGACGUUUGGCUGAAGGAGGGAUUUGCUCAUUUCUUUGAGUACAUUGGGACUGACUUCCUCUUUCCAAAAUGGAACAUGGAGAAUCAGAGAUUUCUGACUGAUGUUCUUCAUGAGGUGAUGUUAUUGGACGGUUUGGCUAGUUCUCAUCCAAUCUCUCAAGAAGUAUAUGCAGCCACAGACAUCGACAGGGUGUUUGACUGGAUUGCGUAUAAGAAGGGAGCCGCUCUGAUCCGUAUGCUGGCUAAUGUCAUGGGACAGCCGGUAUUCCAGAGAGGACUCAAUGAUUACUUGAUGACGUACAUGUACGGGAACGCAGCGAGAGAUGACUUGUGGAACACAUUCUCUGAGGCCAUGCAGAGGGAGGGGAAGGACAUCAACAUCACAGAGGUCAUGGACCGUUGGACCCUUCAGAUGGGUUACCCUGUCGUCACCAUCAACAAGAAUGACAGUCUUGACAACACUGUCACCAUCUCCCAGGAGCACUUUGUGUAUGAUACAGAUGCCAAGAUCCGGAAUCCCGAGCUGUUCAACAAAAGCUUCCAGUGGCAAAUCCCCCUGACGCUCACAGUGGGAAACUCCAGUCACAUAUCAAGAGAAAACAUAAUUUGGGUCUCUAAUCGAACAGAGACGCACAGAGUCGGUCACAUGGAUGGAGAGACGUGGUUACUGGGUAACAUCAAUCAAACAGGAUACUUCAGAGUGAAUUAUGACCUGCACAACUGGAGACUUCUCAUUCAACAACUCAUGACCAACCCAACGAUCAUCUCUGUGGGAAACAGGGCCGGUCUGAUAGAUGAUGUCUUUAACUUGGCAAGAGUGGGCUAUCUGCCUCAAAACAUCCCUCUGCAGAUCAUCUCAUAUUUGUCUCAGGAGAGCGAGUUUCUGCCCUGGCACGCUGCUAGUCGAGCUCUUUACCAGCUGGACAAACUCCUGGACCGCACCGAAGACCACAACCUCUUUAGCGAUUAUGUGCUGAAACAGGUGUCACCAAAGUAUCACAAGAUGGGCUGGCCGACCACAUCCUCCGACGGCUCCUUCACGCAGGCUGCUUAUCAGAGCCAAGAGUUACAGAGAGAGGUGAUCAUGCUGGCGUGUAGUUUUGGAAACAAGCACUGUCACCGUCAAGCUGUUUCUCUCAUUUCAGGCUGGAUUUCCAGCAACAAGAACAGGAUUCCACCCAACGUGCGGGACAUCGUGUACUGCACAGGCGUGUCUCUGAUGGAUGAAGACGUGUGGGAGUUCAUCUGGAUGAAGUUUCACUCCUCCACUGCCGUCUCUGAGAAGAAGAUUCUUCUGGAGGCCUUGACCUGCAGCGACAACAUCUACCUGCUCAACCGGCUUCUGAAUCUGUCUCUUUCCUCUGACAUGGUGCCGGAUCAGGACGUGAUCGAUGUCAUCAUACACGUGGCUCGCAAUCCGCUCGGAAGGCAUUUAGCAUGGAGAUAUUUCAGAGAGAAGUGGGACAUAUUGAAUUCCAGGUAUGGAGAAGCUUUAUUUAUGAACUCAAAAUUAAUAAGUGGUGUGACAGAGUUUCUCAACACAGAGGAAGAGUUGAAUGAGUUAAAAUAUUUCAUCCUGACCUGCGGGGGAGCGGCGGCACCUGCGUUCGCUCGCGCCGUUGAGAUCGUUCAAGCUAACGUAAAAUGGCGCACGUUGUCCGAGCAACAGUUCUACCAAUGGCUGCGAAAAGCUCCUGACGGUUAACGUGACAUCAAGCACAGAACGUUCUAUUAGCGUGGAAGCUCUAUCAGACAUUUCAAGGCCAGUAACUCACGAAGACUUAAACUAUGUUUAAAAACACAUAUCUGGAUCAUGAGAAUCUGCAAAACUUCCCUGCGGUUUAUGAAACAGACAGACUGACUGAAAUCAAGAUGAAGACAUUCAACUGCUGACAAGUUGUGAUUUGUCUGCCAAAGCCGAAGUAUGCAUGAAAAUGCCCUGCCGGAUAAAAAGGACGAAAUCUUCUUUAAAAUCUUCUUUUUAGAUCAAGCUCCUUUCUUUUGACCGUGUCUAUACACAGCCGCACCGCCUCAAAUGAUAAAAUCAAAGAGCACAACAGCGCCGCCCUGCUGCCCAGCACGCUCGCUGCAAACAAAAAAAGCUGCUGCUGUACUGAAGUAUAAGGUCCUCUUUGCUUUUCUUGCACAAUCAUUAUGUUUAGCACAAUAUUUAAUGACUUGAGACCAUAUCUACCAUCAUCAAAUAGUUGAAUAAAGAUGACUGCAGUUGGGUACGCACAAAAUAGGCUUUGACAUUUUUAUUUUGAUGACAUUUACACCAGGAGCUGUUUUAUAUAGGGUAAAUUUAUGCGCAGAGUUAAUUUUUUGCCAGAGGUGUGUUUUCCGUUCUCGUACCGUAAAACUCAGUGGCAUCGCGUGUGAACGACAAUAUAAGUAUAGUAAUUUUAUACAGAUGGGUUGCAUAAUAAAAAUGCAUUGUGGGCUCUAUGUUUGAGUAUGUCUUACAGUAGAAGUGAUGGAGAAUAAUGCCUGACUGCGCAUUUGUCUUUCACUAACUGGAUAAAAAAAUGAUAAAAUAACUCUGUAUGACGCACCAGGUCCUUGAAGAUACGUAGUAAUGUAUAAUGCAUACACACUGGCCACUUUAUUAGGUUCAUCUUGUCAAUUGCUUGUUUUUGGAAAAUCUAAUCAACCUAAUGGAAUAUCUAAUGGAAGACACACAGAUGGUCAAGAGGAUCUUCAAAAUGGGGAAAGGAAGGAAAAUCGAUUUCCAUUUUGUGAUUUUCAAUGCAGUGUGGUUGUUGGUCCCAGACAGGUGCCAGUAGUUCUAAAACUGCCAGUUAAUUGGUAUUUUCACACGUGAAGCUCAGUUUAUAUCAGACUGGUUUUUACAUUGUACUCAGAUGGCCUCCACGGUCGCCAGAUCUCAAAAACAAGAGAUUCACUGUCAUGAAUCGCCAACACAUCUGCAGCAACCGUGUGACGCUAUCAUGCCAACUUCAUAAAGGUCUCUGAGGAAUUUUUCCAGCAAUGUUGAUUUUAUGCCACAGAUGUCAAAUACUGUAUAUGGGUCAAUUACAUUAUACAUUCAGAUUUACUUAUUUUCAAUUCAUACAAAUACGGUUAUGACCGUAAAAUCCUUUAUAGACAUUUUCCCCACUGAAUUUUAAGUUAUUAUUUUUUCUUUAAAAUGCUGAAACUAAUGACUACUGUUUUAUUACGUUGCAUAUUUUAUUUUUAUAGUAAUGGUGUUUGUUGUUAAAUAUCAAUAUUUCAAAAAUAAAUCUGCCAAAUCAAAUUUGUCACUGUGGCAAAUUCAUUUUUAGUGUAAUUCAUUUUCGUUUAAAUGAUAUUGAUGCAAAAUGAUCAGUAUUAGCUCCACAAUAUUCAUGUCCAGCUCGACUAAGAUUAUUUUUUAUCUCUGGCCAUCUUAAACAUUUCUUUGUCUUUGACCAGUAUACACAUUUUGUUCACUGGUGUGCAGACACGUACGGCGCUUCUUUUUAACAUAACUGUUUUCAUUUCAUUUCGAAGAAAUGUGUGCUUGUCAAGCAAAUGAGCAUAAUGUCCUGAGAAUUAUUUGUACCCGUUUAAUUAUUUUGCAUUUUAAUGUAUCAUCUUUGCAAAUGUGUGAAGCACUAAAAAAAUAACUGGGCGAUCAGGGCCUUUUCUACCUCGAUCUAUAAUUUUUUUUAUAAAAAAGACUGACAGUGCCUUAAAUAAAUCUGU